AUGAAGCCCGCUAUUCCUCCAGAAACAUCUUCGACGUGGUCAGUGUGUGUGAUCGGAGGUGGACCUAGCGGUUUAGGUUGCUGUCGGAGGCUGUGCGAUGCUGGCCUACAUGUGACUCUAGUACAAGAGAGCCGCGGUCUAGGUGGCAAGCUGUGUACUAAAUUUGUGAAUGGCAAGGAUGAUCCGACACUGCACUUCGACAUGGGUGUGCAGCUCCUGCAGCCGGCAGGGCCGCUGGCAGACGAGCUUCAAGGCAUCGUACAACCCUGGCCAAAGCCAGGCCGCUUCAAGCGCAUCUGCUGCAAGGGUGACUGGGACCAUUGGAGGAUUGUUUCUGUGCACGACGUCUCAGUCGAUGGGCUUGUCGUUGGAGUUCCGUCCAUGUCUGCUGUUGGGCGUUUCUUGGCUGACAAAUGCUCUAAUCUGGAGGUUCACGUUGAUCGAACGGCUCAUGUCAUUGGUCGUUCUCCGAAAACGCAGCGAUGGGGAGUUGAGUGGAGCCGGGCUGAAGCUAACGCUGGACAACUGCGAUAUCGCCCUGAGCUGGCCGAGGGUGCAACUGAAUCUGAAUGCAAAUCCUUUGAUGCAGUGGUUCUCGCAUUUGAGGCCAAUAAGAUCCUGCAGGGUUGCAAGUCUGGAUAUAAGCAAGUUGCUCCGUCAGUGGCACCAAGCCUGCGUCAGCAGCUAUCUGGCCGCACGAAAACAUCGCAGCUCUGGAAUCUCAUGAUUGCAUUUGACCGAGAACUACCAAUGCCCUGGGAUGCGGCGACAGUGGAAGGCCACGGCUCACUAGCAUGGAUUGCUGUCAACAGCUCCAAGCCCGAACGUGCUCGUGUGCCGCAGUGCUUCAUGGUUUUUUCCACAAACUCCUGGGCCGCAUGGAAGCAGUGGUCCAAGAAGGAGGUCGAACGUGUGCUGCUCUACGACUUCAUGAGUUUUCUGGAUCAGGUCUUGGGUUUCUGGCCGCCUGAGCCAUGUUUCGUCCUGAGCGGACGCUGGGGGAACAACACUGAGGCGGUGCUUACAGGUGCACGGCCAUCAGGCGAGUUCCCGGUUCGUGCGCUGGCGUACGAAGAUGCUGCCAUUGGUGCCAAACCUCUGUGGGAUGCUGAGGUGCGCAUGGGUGUGACAGGAGACUGGGCCCGCGGGUUUUCUGUCAGUGACGCUUACAGUGCCGGGGUAGAUCUUGCUGAUGCAGUGCUCAAUUCGGGCGACCUCGGUAAACUUCGUGGCGGCUAA